UGGAUGAGUUUUGCCUUCGCGCAGCUUUUUCUCUCGACUGCUUGCCUGCCUUUUCUAAGCUCUCACCAUGACUUCUCCUGGGCAUGGAGCGACGCUUCCCAAAGGCCUUUUCUUGCUGUUGGCGCUCGGGGCCCUUCUCUGCGCAGUGGUGGAAUGCCGAGGAGGUGUGGUAGACAGCAUGCAACGAUUCACGAGCUUACCGGUGUACCUCCCUGUGAGUUACCACAUCUCCAACACCGACGUUUCCUUCUUCCUAAAAGAAACCAACCAGGAUAUCAUGAGGAAUGCUAGCUUGCAGUCUCGAGUGGAGUCUUUCCUUGUCUACAAAGCCACCAGCUUGCCGGUGUUAAAUGUGACAUAUGGUCCAUUUACUGUGGAGCAAACGGUGCCUCCGAACCUCCUGCUGACAUCCACUCUGUUCAGUAUUGCCAACGAGGUCGCUUCUAAUUGGAAGCUAAGAUCACGUGUUAUUGACAGCUCCAUAUAUCCCAUCAGGCCCAAAGUCCAGGCUUUGUUCUACAUCGCUGGCAGAGACUGGGAAGACUAUGAACCAUCGGAGAUCCUGCCCUGCGUGAGGAUGAUGGCCUUCCAGGAGGAUAGAGUGGCUGUUGGCAGUUGUCGGUUGAAAGGUCAGCUGGGAUUGUGCGUUGCAGAGCUGGAGUUCUCGCCGAGCUGGUUCAGCUCUGCAUUUACAUCUCUGCCGCCACCAUUGGCCCCAGAGUAUCAGUCGAUGGCGGACUCUUUGGAAGGGAUCACCGUGGAGCUUUUCUAUUGGGUGUAUGCAGAGGAAGGGGAAUGCUCUUCAGAGGACCAGAAACUCGAAAGCUUCCAUCAUCUGGAAGGGCAAGAGGAAGCACAGGUGCCUUUGGCAUCAAUGGAGAGGAUUGGCAGUGUUAUUCUUUACCCAACGCAAGACCGGCUAAAGAAGUCUCUGCUAAAUCUUGACGAUAACCUUGUGCUCUCUUUACCACUCAGUCCCGUCAAGGAAGGUGACCUUGUCAUGUUUCAUGUAUCCCUUGCCAGUGGGUCUCUAGCAGAUCAGUUUACACUAAGAAUUAAGGCUGCUCCAGGUGUGAAGAUAAUAGACAUCCGAGUCAGUGAUCCGGACCAGUGGGGAGUUCAACAAGACGUAGACAAUGGGAGGACACAGACCACUGCCACCAUUGUAUGUGAGCGCAUCAAUCCGAAUGCAGAGAGCAGGGCGAAUGUCUCUUCUUACGAGAUCUUUCAGAUGGAUUUUGAGAUAGACAACAGUAGUGGCCUGGUGGGGGCCCAGCAAAUCACCUGGCAGGUGGAAUACCCCCGAGAUGAGUCUGUGAGCGAGCUGGUGGUCUCCGAGAUCUUUGUCAGCCAAGCGACUUUUGCAGGAAUUGUUCCACUUGCGAUGGACACGGAAGUCCUUAACACAGCCAUCCUGACGGGGAAGCCGGUGUCUGUCCAGUAAGGUGGUUGCCGUUUGAAAGAUAGUGGAUCGGUGAGAGAUGUGUCUGGUUCCACCGAAUGCAAAUCGGCUGAUGAAGACGUCAUAAAGGUUUCAGACAACUGCGAUGCCAUCUUUGUUAAUGGGAAGGAAAUGAAAAGCAAAGUGGACACCAUUGUGAACUUCACGUACCAGCAUUUUACCACCCAGCUAGAAGUCACCGUCUGGGUUCCACGACUUCCUCUUCAAAUAGAGAUCUCCGACACAGAACUGAGUCAGAUCAAAGGCUGGAGGAUCCCUGUCACCUCCAACAAAAGGCCCACACGCGACAGCGAUGAGGAUGAAGAUGACGAGAAGAAAGGCAGAGGCUGCACCCUGCAGUACCAGCAUGCCAUGGUACGAGUCCUCACCCAGUUUGUGGCAGAAUCAUCCGAUUUGGGAGGCCAGCUGACCUACAUGCUUGGCUCCGAGUGGCAGUUCGACAUUACGGACCUUGUGGCUGACUUCAUGAAGGUGGAGGAAUCCAAAGUAGCCAAGUUACAAGAUGGCCGGGUUCUGAUUGGUCGUGAGCAAGGAAUCACAACAGUUCAGGUCCUCUCACCUCUCUCUGAUUCCAUUUUGGCUGAGAAGACUGUGAUUGUUCUGGAAGACCGGGUGACCAUCACAGACCUCGGUGUUCAGCUUGUGGCAGGCUUGUCCCUCUCUCUCCAGGCAAGCAAAGGAAACAAGAGGGUGAUUGUUUCUACGACAUCGGCUUCUGACAUUCUUCAUUCACCAAAGCAGGAAGCUGUGGUCAGUUCUUGGAUUCUGUUCAGCGAUGGCACCGUGACACCCUUAGACAUCUACGACACGAAAGAUUUCUCUCUUGCCAUCACAUCCCUGGAUGAAAUGGUGGUGUCCAUCCAUCAAAGCCAAGAGGAAGAGCAGCCCGUGGUGGUGGCGGAAGGUGAAGGUCAAGGGCCGCUCAUUAAACUAGAAAUGGUGAUCAGCGAGCCUUGCCAGAAGUCCAAGAGGAAGAGUAGCUUGGCUGUUGGGAAAGGAAGCAUCAAAGUCAAGUUUGGCCAGAAGGAUUUUGACCACAAAGGGGACACCAAUGACAUUGAAGACGUUGAGGCUGAUUUUAAAAGCCAUGAGAGUAAUUCUAUAGAGAAGUCCUUGGAGCAGGAGAGGUCAGGGCAAGAUUGGCCCAAACAUGGGGCUUCCAUUAAUCAUGAAGAGGCUACUAACCAAAGCACAACUUCCAAGACUCCUGUUCAUCCGAAAACUGCUCAGGGUCAGCUCCAAAAUGGUCCAACCUCCUUUACGAGCUUCCCUAUGCAAGUUGACAUUCCAGUGCAGAACAGUCCCAGUGACCUCACUUUGGCUUCCAGAGGUCUAACGGACCUUGAGAUUGGCAUGUAUGCCCUUCUGUGUGUUUUCUGUUUAGCCAUAUUGGUCUUCUUAAUUAACUGUGUGGCGUUUGCUUGGAAGUACAGGCACAAAAGGUUUGCCGUCAGUGAGCAAGGCAACAUUCCACAUUCCCAUGACUGGGUGUGGCUCGGGAACGAGGUGGAGCUCUUGGAGAACCCAGUGGACAUUUCGCUCCCAUCCGAGGAUUGCACAACCAUGAUAGACAGAGCGAUGCAGUUUGAGGAGAGCAAUUUCCUCCUCAACGGGAGCUCUCAGAAGAGCUUCCACAGCCAGAUCCUUCGGUCUGCUGACUAUGGUUGUGAGAACGAUAUCACAAACGAACCUAUCAACCCUCCUGGGCCCAAACGGAAAAGAGUCAAAUUCACAUCCUAUACCACCAUCUUGCCAGAGGAUGGUGGCCCAUACACCAACUCCAUCCUCUUUGACAGUGACGAUAAUAUCAAAUGGGUAUGCCAAGAUAUGAACUUAGGGGAUUCCCAGGAACUUAGAGACUAUAUGGAAAGGCUGCAAGACAAUAUGUAAAAAUAAUAAUUAUUAUUAUCUCUCUCUCUAAAAACUUUAUCUUUGUAUUCACCUUUAUGCCUUCUGUUUUAUGGAUGAUGGAGCACUCAAACCCAGCCAGCAAUAGAAGAAGGCUCUCCAAAAUGUUUGGAGGUCCAGAAAUACUAACUUUGCAUUGUUUUGAUCAGCUGCAGGAAAAAGCUGGCUUGUCAGGUACAAGGGGAUGUCAGCCCCUAAACAGCUACCUACAAAUUUUGGAGGUACUGCGUACAACCAGCUGUUUUUCAUAUAUCGCCUGGUACUAGCUAAUGCUGAUCCCAUUGCACCUAGACUCAGAGAAGAUGGGUUAGUGUGCCAUGUUAUGAUGAGCCGUUACUAUGGAAAAGGAACCAUUUUGUGGGUGGGUGGAUGAUUUUUCUAGAAAAUAUUCUUUGUAAAAGCACAGUAGACAUUCCUUGCUUUCAGCUGGAAUCUAGGGUCCUUUCAAAGGAUCAGAAUGAAUUGACCUGAUGUAAUCUGUUUAUACGAAAUACAGACAGAUGUAUCCUCCUAGGCUUUUGUUUUUUUGAAAACAAAUAUUCAUCCUUGUGGUUAAUUUGUUCAGCUGUAUUGUUUAUAAAGCUUUCCUGAUUUGAUGAACUAUUUACACAUUUUCAUUUGACAGGAUUCCCUCCCCAACCCAUAGAUGUACCAAAGUGUACUGCAUUGCUAGGGCUGCAAUGUCUAGUCGAUAAAUCGAAUAAAAUCCUUGUAAAAAUGACAGUGAAAAAGUGCCCCCGAUAAACUGGGCAGCAGAUUAUUAUUGUUAUUUUGGAGAAAAAAUGUAACAGUUUUAAAUACAAGUACUUAGAGAAAACAUUGCUGGUGGGUGCCAUUUUUGAAGGGGCAACCCCCCCUUUUCUCACACAUGGAGUGCAUCUCCUAAGUUAUGACAUGCACAGGCGCCAUCUGAAAUCCACAACAAUGACGAUAAUACAGCUACUCAAGUGCAAAUUUAUACAGGACUAAUCGGUUAUUCGCUUAUUAAUUCAUUAAAACUCAAACGAUUAAUCGACUAAAACUUCUUUCGGCCGGGUGAGAGCCCUACUUUCUGUGUUAAAAGGGUUUGUUUUGUAGCUGCUUGAUAUUGUUCCCUAAUCCUUCCUCCUUCUUUCUUUCUUUCUUUCUUUCUUUCUUUCUUUCUUUCUUUCUUUCUUUCUUUCUUUCUUUCUUUCUUUCGUACAUCUCUUUCACUGGAAAAUAGAGAUCUGUCUUCUUACAGGGAAAAUGUACAUACAAUAAUAAAAACCCUGGGGUGGGGGAAAA